GCUGUUCCUAGAGAUGAGUAACUGAAUCUGUAACAAAAUGUAUCAAUAUUACAAAAAGAAGAUAAAUAUAAUCUACAUAAGAAAGGUAUUGCCAGAAAGUAUGUUGAUAUCCAUUGAGAAAAAUCAUUGUAAACCGUAAAACAAACAUGAAGUUUAUGGUGCAUGACUGUUAUAAGAAUAUCCAUGUAUAUACUAAAGUAUAUAAGCGAAAUAGCUGCUGUAUCCAGACAUUAUAUAUAAUUGGCGGCGAACCGUUAAUAACCUCAAAAUUUGAAUUGUGUAUUGAAUUUAUUUUACUUGUAACUUUAGUAAAACUGAAAGAUGCAAGCAUAUUUAAAAUCAGGAAAACUAGGAGAAAGUUCCGGAAGGAGUAGUAAUGCUUCCUCCAAAACUGCAAAGAAACUAAAAUCGAUACCUUGGGUGGAAAAAUACCGUCCAAAAACCGUAGCAGAUGUUGUUGAACAGAGUGAAGCUGUUUCAGUAUUAGAACAAUGUAUAACAGGAGCAGAUUUACCAAAUCUGUUAUUUUAUGGUCCACCAGGAACUGGUAAAACUAGUACUAUUCUGGCAGCAGCUCGACAACUAUUUGGAGAUAUUUAUAGAGAAAGAAUCCUUGAACUCAACGCGUCUGAUGAGAGAGGAAUUCAAGUCAUUAGGGAUAAAGUUAAAGCUUUUGCACAGUUGACUGCAAGUGGUACUAGACCUGAUGGCAAACCUUGUCCACCUUUCAAAAUAAUUAUAUUGGAUGAAGCUGAUUCCAUGACCCAUGCUGCCCAGGCUGCCCUUCGACGUACAAUGGAAAAAGAAACAAAAACUACUCGAUUCUGCUUGAUUUGUAAUUAUGUGUCUAGGAUAAUUGAACCUCUGACUUCAAGAUGUACAAAAUUUCGCUUUAAACCCUUGAAUGAAUCAAUGAUACUUGAAAGAUUACUUUAUAUUUGUAAGGAGGAACAUGUAGAUUGUGAUGAAUCAACUCUGAAUACUCUGGUCAAAACUAGUGGAGGUGAUAUGAGAAGAGCCAUUACAUGUUUGCAGAGUUGUGCCAAGUUGAUUGGUCGUAGUAACAAAAUUGAUAUUGAUAGUGUACUUGAAGUUACUGGAGUUGUUCCUGAAUUCUGGUUGAGGGACUUCCUCAAAGUUUGCAAGGAUUUGGUAGAUUACAGCCAUUUAGAAUCUUCCAUUCAGAAUCUCAUGUUGGAAGCAUAUGCAGCAUCUCAGAUUCUUGAACAAUUAAAUGAUUAUUUGGUUAACAGUGAUGAGUGGAAUGAUAAACAAAAAGCAUUGAUUGGAGAAAAGUUGGGGGUUGUAAGUUAUCGUUUGCAAGAUGGCGGCUCAGAAUAUAUCCAACUAUUGGACCUAGCCCAUACAAUUAUAACAGCUUAUGCUUGAGUUCAUUGAAAACAGUUAUAUUUGCAAUAUUCUGUCUGACUUCAUUGAAAACAGUUAUAUUUGCAAUAUUCUGUCUACUAAACAUCUCUUCACGUAACAUAUCUGUUAUAGAAUACACCAAUAUUUACCCAGUCUCACAGACUGUUUUUUUCUGCAGUCACUAGAACAAACACACCAUCAGUUAAAGUGACCCUGAAAUGUAUUGAGGAAUAGUAAAAGAACAUACUAUCUAUUCAGGUUUUCAUAAAAUCAUAAAUAUAGAUAUACCUGCACACCUACUGGAACAUCUAAUAUUUUUCAUUGUUUCAAGAACUUACAUUUUUAUUGGUUUUACCUGGUUAAGUUUAAUUUUUUUUAUUUGUAAUAUACACCUUGUAAUAUGUAUGUUGUUGAAGAAAAAAGUAUUUUUGAUCACUAUAUGAAUUACAUAGAAUCAACGAAAUACCAUUUUAUGAAUUUAAUAGUAAUUUUGAUACAUAAGUAUAAUGUAUUUCAGAAUUAAAUAUUUUUGGGAUUUGAGACCCUGGCAUAGUAGCAACAAU